GAGAAAGUGCAGUCUGCAUUAGAAUGGCUCAUUAGUCACAAUCCGCUGUAUAGUGAUGUCAUUUUGCAUCAAGAUCAUCUACACCAGAUUCCACUUCAUGACAUAGCACCGGUUCCCAUUGAGCAAGCUGUGGGCUCUGUGGCUGGUGAUGCACCAGGGGCUCAUUAUGACCUUCUAGUUAAUGAUGUUGGAAUGCCACUUGAACCCUCUCCACCACUCAGUGACCUUUUGCAAAGUGUGGUUGUCACUGAUAUAGACAUGGAGAUAGGGGGCCACAUUCAAGUGGGUCAUUUGCCUGAUCCUGUGAAUCAUUAUUCUGAUCCCCACUUACUGCCACUUUUAUAUCCAACUUUGUUUCCAUAUGGCAUUGGAGGGUUUCAUUAUAGCUGUUCCUCCCCACUUAGCUUGGAAAGAUUUGCAAAG